AGGAGGAGCCUGGGGGAUUUGCUCUGCCGCCUCAUAAUCCCGGGGCCUCGUCCUCCAAAGGCCUGGGCCUAGGCAGCCAUGGCGGCGGCCCUCAUCCUCUCCCGCUCCUUCCUCCGCCGCAGCAGCAGCAGCUUCCGAGGAGGAGGCCGGAGGUGGAGGGCAGCCCCCGCCCGGAGGAUUUUUCAGCCACACCGUUCAGAUCAGAAAAUGUCAUCUGUUCUUGAAACCCUUUUUGAGUAUAUCGAUAAACACCAAGACCUGUAUGUUAAACGUCUGGCAGAAUGGGUGGCAAUCCAGAGUGUAUCAGCAUGGCCAGAGAAAAGAGGAGAAAUCAGACGCAUGAUUGAAGUUGCUGCCAAGGACAUUGAACGACUGGGUGGUACAGCGGAGCUGAUGGACCUUGGGAAACAGAAGUUGCCUGACGGUUCAGAGAUUCCUCUGCCUCCAAUUAUUCUGGGCAAACUCGGGUCAGAUCCUCGCAAGAAAACCGUCUGUGUCUAUGGGCAUUUGGAUGUCCAGCCUGCAGCACUAGAAGAUGGCUGGGAUAGCGAACCUUUCACUUUGGUUGAACGAGAUGGGAAACUGUAUGGCCGGGGGUCAACUGAUGACAAAGGCCCAGUUCUUGCCUGGCUGAAUGCACUUGAGGCUUAUCAACAAACCAAUCAGGAAAUUCCGGUUAAUGUCAAGUUUUGCCUAGAAGGUAUGGAGGAGUCUGGCUCUGAAGGCUUGGAUGAUUUGAUUUUUGCACAGAAAGAUACUUUCUUCAAAGAUGUAGACUACGUUUGCAUCUCUGAUAAUUACUGGCUAGGGAAGAAGAAACCCUGCAUCACCUAUGGUCUCAGGGGCAUCUGCUAUUACUUCAUAGAGGUGGAAUGCUGUGAUAAAGAUCUUCACUCUGGAGUAUAUGGUGGCUCAGUGCAUGAGGCUAUGACAGACCUCAUUGCUUUGAUGGCAUCCUUAGUGGAUAAAAAAGGAAAAAUCCUCAUUCCUGGCAUUAAUGAUGCAGUGGCUGCUGUCACAGAUGAGGAGCAUCAUCUUUAUGACAGGAUUGACUUCGAUUUGGCAGAGUAUGCAAAAGAUGUAGGAGCCACACAGCUGCUGCAUGAGACAAAGAAAGACAUCUUGAUGCAUAGGUGGCGAUAUCCCUCCUUAUCACUCCAUGGGAUAGAAGGUGCUUUCUCUGGGUCAGGUGCCAAAACAGUGAUUCCUCGGAAAGUGAUUGGAAAAUUUUCAAUCAGAUUGGUAUCAGACAUGACUCCAGAAGCUGUAACCAAACAGAGAUUACAACAUUAGUCAAUGCAUUCAAAU